ACUGUGUAUAUUCGGAUAUUCAUGAAUCAUAAAUAACGUUUGUGACUAUCUGAUGCAGUACUUGGUUUGUUGAUGCUUACAUUGCAAAGUACAUAGAGUGGGAAACGUAACAAUUACGUAUGCCUAUUAUACGCAUUCUAUAACUUUAGUUUUUAUUAUAAAUAUAAAAUGUCCAAUAAUUGGUCUAAAAUUGCUGUGGCUUCAGGGGUUGCCGCAGCUACUGCUUGCUUGUUUUACUAUAUUUUUAAGGGAGAUGACGAAGAAGGUGAUGAAUUUGAAUCAUAUAAGCACGGGUAUGAUUCAUCAACAAAUAAAGUCGACCAGAUGAGCAGAAGCGCUGUUCUGGAUCUCCUAAACAAGAUAUCUGCAAGUCAAGAUGCUACAAAAAAUCUAAUGCUAUCGCUUAUUGAUGAUUUGUUGAAUGACAAAUGCAAAGAUACACUUUUAGAUGUGUAUGAGCGCGCAUUGCCUUUAAUUCCAGCUGAUCCCUUGGAAACCCUUGGAAUGACUAUCUUUGAUCUAGAUCACAUUGUAGAACGCUAUCAGCAUGAUCCGCUCGUAAGAGAGUCGAUUAUCAAAAUAAUGAAUAUUCCGGAUAGUCAAGAUGACAAUGUGAACAUAUCCGUGGAAGAAAUAUUGGAUGUCCAUGAGUUCAUGUUCACUCAACUUGAAGCACUGGUGAAAACAUACAAGAAUCUUCCGAAUAAGGAAAGCUUGGAUAAAAAGUGCAUCACUGUAACACUCCAAUCAAUAGUGUCUGCAAAAGUGGAGAAGAAGUUUGGAUAUAAUACCGCAAGUAUAGAUAAGGCUGUAUUGAAGAAUCAUGAAGAGCUUAGUAUGAACACCCAAUUUGCAAGACUAACCAUGCAAAUGCAAAGUGAAAUGUCGGAAAUCACGGGAAUCUAUACUUGAAUCUUCAACUGAAACUAUUAAUGUUUCAUCCGUCUGGAUCGCCACUGAUGA